CCAGCCCGACAGGAUCUGCCGGCCUGCGCUACUUGCGGACGUCAGCACCGCGGAGAGUGCCUAGCUGGGCAGAACAUAUGUUACCAUUGCCGCCGCCCAGGACAUCUGAGCAGAGACUGCCCAGACCGCCCUCAGCCGCAGCAGGGCCAGAGACAGCCAGCCCAGAGACAGCCCGCACAGAGGCAGCCAGCACCGAGACAGCAAGCCCAGAGACCCCCAGGACAGCAGCAGCAGC